AUGCCAUAUCUGCCACUCGAACAAGGAUGGAAAUGCAACGCACCAGGAUGUGAUUAUCUUUGCGUCUCGACAAAACGAAUGGAAACUCACUGGCCCUCGAAGCACGGCUGCAAAGGAAAUCCAAACCAGGACUGGUCUUCGGCUCCUCUACAAACAUUCUUUCGAGGAAAUAUGCUCCGCUACUUUACCAGCAAUAGAGAUAAGUGGCCAGACCGAUCUCCGCAAAAAUCACCGAAAUUAUCCUACAUUCGUCGAAUGCAAGACAAGCACGAACUAGACCCGAUCGACUCACUAGCACUGGAGCACUACUUUUAUUCAUCUUGGCAAAGUUUCUCCAAAGAUGCGCAGACUGAGGGCAUCUGGAUCAAUGUCAUUGCAGAUCUUGCAUAUAACCAUCGAUUCCUUUUACAUGGUAUUCUGGCUUGCACAGCAUUACACAUGGCUCAUAUAUACCCAGCACAGCGGGAGACCUAUGUAAUCCGUGCAUACGCGCAUCAAGACACCGCACUACCACUAUUCAGGUACGAAAUCGAGAACCCAACGACAAGCAACUGUGAUGCGAUUAUGGCAUUCGCAUACCUCCUAGUCGUCUUCUCUUUCGCAACGGAACUGGAUAAUGGACAAAACUCGCUCCUUCUCGUCUGCAAUACGGGUACAGGUGUUCAAGAGAAACAGUUGAUACUGCCCCAGUGGUUACAUUUUAUCCGUUGCGGAUGUGAUAUGCUAAGUGAGGUCUGGGACCGGAUUGAGAAUGGCCCCGUCAGCGCUCUAAGUGAAGCAUGGGAGACCGAGCUUGAUGUUGGCGAUAGCAAACUUCCUUACUUGGAGCGUUUCAUGUCUUUUGUCCCGCAGGAUGGGUCUUGGCCUGAACAUGUUGUAUCGGUUUAUCGGGAUGGAGCGAGUGUGUUGGCCGAUGCAUUUGCGUAUAUGGAUCGUGAAACGACGAAGAUUGAUGUCAGUACGUGGAAUAUUCUGGGAUUGUGGUGUGUGCGGCUUGAAGAUGAGUUCUAUGAUCUUAUAUUUGAGAGGCAUCCUGGUGCUUUGAUCUUACUGGCGUAUUAUUGUGUGAUUAUGAAGCGGAUGGAGAGUUGCUGGUACUUUGGUGGGAGGCCGGCUAGGCUUAUUGCUGCUAUUUCAAAUGUCCUUGAUGAACGGUGGCAUCCUUACAUCCAGGAGGCGGCAGAUCAAGUCAUCGGACUCGAAAUAGAUGGAAAUUGA